AUGCUUUCCCGUUUCGCGAAGUCGCUGCCCUGCCUCCACCGCCGCGACGUCCCGACGCCCGCCGACACCGCCGCGCCGACGCAGCCGGCCGCCGCCCUCCCCUCCGCCACCGAUCUCGGCGUGAGCGAGGAGAAGCUGGCGGAGUGGCGCAAGCUCGGCGGCGGCGACCUCGAGCCGGUCCUCGCGAGCGGCGCCGUCGCCCUCCUCGACGCGCAGUGGAUCAUCAGCCACGCCGAGGCGGGCGGCGUCCUCACGCACCGCCAGGCUCUGCCCAAAGAGGCCUUCCUCUCCCUCGCCGACCUCGUCGAGGCGACCACCUCGAACCCGUACGGAGAUUGGCUUCCCGUCGGCGCGCUCUCCUACCCGUGGCUGACCAAGGACCACCCCGACCCGCGCGGAGCCAACCUCUCCCGCGUCGCGAGGGCGCUCAAGGUCCUGCUCAGCCGCCCCGACCUCAUCCCGCGGCUCGGCGUCUUUUGGGACUUCGGCUCGCUGCACCAGCACCCCGACCCCCCCAACGGCGUCCUGCGCACCGAGGAGCAGAACGCGCUCUUCAAGCAGGGUUUGGGCUGCCUCGGCACGCUCUACUCCCACAAGUACACACGCGUGCUGCGGCUGACCUCCUUCCCGGACGGCCACAAGGCGGAGGACCAGGCCGAGGGCACCAACGUGGCCAAGUACUUUGACCGCGGCUGGUGCGCCACCGAGAACGCCUGGGCGAGCCUGACCAAGGUCUAUGCCCUCUCGCUCGACCUCGGCAAGAUGCGCGCCGGCAGGGAGUACGACUACUGGAGCCUCAUGUUCGACUGCACCCAGGACGGCGGCCGGCGCCCUCCGCUGCUGCCGUCUGCCUUCGCGGCGGAGCUGGAGACGAAGAGCUUCACCAACGGCAAGGACGACAAGCCGCUGGUGAAGCGGCUGUACGAGGCCGCCUUCGAGGAGCAGUUUGGCAUGGCGACCGUGCUGCACUACGGCGGCCUCGGCUGGGGCGACGCGGAGGCGGCGCAGCUGGCGGAGGUCCUCGCGAGCGGGGCAGCGCCGCAGCUCGAGGAGCUCGCUCUCUUCGCCAAUAAGAUUGGCGACGAGGGCUGCAAGGCGCUGGCCGACGCCCUCGGCAAGGAGGGGGCAGCGCCGCGGCUCGAGAAGCUCGAGCUCCAUGGCAACGAGAUUGGCGACGAGGGCUGCAAGGCGCUGGCCGCCGCCCUCAAGGAGGGGGCCGCCCCGAGCUUGAAGGCGCGAGACGCCCCCCUCGCCACACGCCCCUCCCCCGCCCAAUGCUGA